AUGUCAGAGCGGAAGAGAGAGACCAGGAAGAGAGAGCCAGUCUUCAGAGGGCUGGUGUCUCUGACGGACUCAGUCAUGGCUCCUCUGCUCUUCCUCCUCCACGUCUUCUUCAUUACUCUGCCAGGUGGUGACAGUGACAGUGUGAGGACAUUCGGGUAUUUAACUGGACAGAGUGGAGAAUCUCUCACCAUCCCAUGUUUCUAUGAUCGGAAGUAUAAAGACCAUGUAAAAUACUGGUGUAGAGGGUCAUUAUGGUCCUCCUGUAAAACCAUGGCACGCACAGACUCACCAGAGGGCUCCAGAAAAGUGUCAAUCACUGAUAAACCCGCCCAGUUAGUUUUCAAUGUGAUCAUGUGGAACCUGAGGACACGUAACACUGGUAUCUACUGGUGUGCUGUAGAGAUUGGUGGAAUUGGUGAGAUGGACGACUUCCAGUCUCUGUUGAUAGAGGUUAAAGAUGCUCGGAGUGUGAGGACUGUGAGCUGGGAAUCUGCAGAGAGAGGAGGAUCUGUCACCAUCCCAUGUUACUAUGAUCAGAAGUAUAAAGACCAUGUGAAGUACUGGUGUAAAGGGCGUGACUGGAACUCCUGCUCCACAUUGGCACGUUCUGACUCCAAUCAGACAGCAGGGAAAGUGUCAGUCAGUGAUGACCCCACCCACCUGGUCUUUAAUGUGACCAUGAGGAACCUGCAGGAAACGGACUCUGACACUUACUGGUGUGCUGUGGAUAUUCACAGGGCAGCAGAUGAUGGUGUUUAUCUACAGCUGAUUGUGAUGGAAGCAAUGGGAGUUUCACCCAAACAGGGAGAGCCGACUACAGCUUUACAGCAGACAGAAACUUUUACUUCAUCUACACAGCAGAGAGACAAUUUAACUUCAGCGACAAAACACCCAACAGGAUGGGCUGUGACCACAUGUCCCUCUGGUGUCUUGACUUCCAACAAUAAUGAGAAUCUGAACACCACACAGUCACCAAGUCAGGUGAUCCUUCUGUUGACACCGGUGUUGCUCCUUUUCCUCUUAGCCACUGUCAUGAUCAUCUGGAUUCUGCGAAGAAGAACCAAAACACUGAUCAGUAACAGAAACACACCCAGCCGCCCUACCACAAAGUCUGGAGAUGAGCUGGUCUACGGCACCGUGGUCUUUAUGAAACCAUCAGCACAAAUUCCCUCUGUAGACCCACGAGACGAAGUGACAUACAGCUCAGUAAUCUACAGGAAAGACAGGAAUGUCCCCCCCUUUGACGUGACCUCUGCUGCUGUGGUGUCGAAGAAGGAUCGGAUCUCUUGAAGUCCUUCUUUAAGUCUGUGUGCUGCCUGCGAUGCCCUCAGAAAAUGGAAGUGUAUCUGAAGGAGACGCCAUU